AUGCCGGACGAGCUGACGGAGCCCGGGCGCGCCACGCCAGCCCGCGCCUCCUCCUUCCUCAUCGAGAACCUGCUGGCGGCCGAGGCCAAGGGCGCGGGGCGCGCAGCCCCGGGCGACUGCGGCCGUGAGGAGGAGGAGGACGACGACGAAGACCCGGAGGACGAGGAUGCUGAACAGGCGCGGCGACGACGGCUGCAGCGGAGGCGACAGCUGCGCGAGGGCACCGGGCCGGGCGGGGAGGCGCGAUCCCGGGUGCUGCUCGGGCCCGGCGCUCUGGGCCUAGGUCCCCGGCCGCCCCCCGGGCCUGGGCCGCCCUUCGCCCUCAGCUGCGGAGGCUCGACGCGCUGGUACCCACGGACGCACGGCGGCUAUGGAGGUGGCCUCAGUCCUGACACCAGCGACCGGGACUCACCGGAGACGGGCGAGGAGAUGGGCCGCGCCGAGGGCGCCUGGCCGCGGGGCCCCGGGCCGGGAGCGGUGCCGCGAGAGGCGGCGGAGCUGGUGGCUCAGGGGCCGGCGGCCUGCGGGGAGGAGGCGGCGGAGCUGAUGGAGGCCCCGGCCUCGGCCGCACGGGAGGCGCGCGGUGGCGUGGGCGGCCGCAAGAAGAAGACGCGCACGGUCUUCUCGCGCAGCCAGGUCUUCCAGCUGGAGUCCACCUUCGACCUGAAGCGCUACCUGAGCAGCGCGGAGCGCGCGGGCCUCGCCGCCUCCCUGCAGCUCACCGAGACGCAGGUCAAGAUCUGGUUCCAGAACCGCCGCAACAAGUGGAAGCGGCAGCUGGCGGCCGAGCUGGAGGCGGCUAGUCUGUCCCCGCCCGGCGCGCAGCGCCUCGUCCGGGUGCCGGUGCUCUACCACGAAAGUCCCCCGGCCGCGGCAGCCGGGCCCGCCGCCGCGCUGCCCUUCCCGCUGGCGCCUCCCGCGCCCGCGCCACCCCCACCGCUGCUCGGCUUCUCCGGGGCCCUGGCCUACCCGCUGGCCGCCUUCCCCGCCGCCGCCUCCGUGCCCUUUCUGCGGGCACAGAUGCCUGGCCUGGUGUGA